AUGGAUCUACUUGUUGUUCUAUUUGUCGUUUUUCUUCGGGAUGUGGGCCACCACAACCUCCUACCCAUUACAGAUCUGUUCCUCAUAUCCGUCUACAUCUAUCUAUAUAUCUAUCUAUCUAUCUAUCUAUCUAUCUAUCUAUUCAUAUCUAUCUCUCUAUCGCCUUCUUUCACAAUCUGUCUGUCUGUCUCUGUCUGUCUGUCUGUCUGUCUCUCUCUCUCUCUCUAUAUAUAUAUAUAUCAAUUGAACUAUCUAUCUAAGUCUGUUCAUAUCUAUCUCUUUAUCCCUAUCUCUCUAUCCAUAUCUAUCUAUCUAUCUAUCUAUCUAUCUAUCUAUCUAUCUAUCUAUCUAUCUCAGUCUGUUCAUAUCUAUCUCUUUAUCCCUAUCUAUCUAUCUAUCUAUCUAUCUAUCUAUCUAUCUAUCUAUCUCAGUCUGUUCAUAUCUAUCUCUUUAUCCCUAUAUCUAUCUAUCUAUCUAUCUAUCUAUCUAUCUAUCUAUCUAUCUCAGUCUGUUCAUAUCUAUCUAUCUAUCUAUCUAUCUAUAUCUAUCUCAGUCUGUUCAUAUCUAUCUCUUUAUCCUUGUCUAUCUAUCUCAGUCUGUUCAUAUCUAUCUAUCUAUGUGGCUAGGAUCAAAACAUACCCACAUAAAAAAGGCCUUGUGCCACAUUCAAUUCCUGUGGGUGAAUUGAUAAUCUACCAUCUAUCUAUCUAUCUAUCUAUCUAUCUAUCUAUCUAUCUAUCUAUCUCAGUCUGUUCAUAUCUAUCUAUCUAUCUAUUUAUCUAUCUAUCUAUCUAUCUUAUCUGUUCAUCUAUCUAUCUAUCUAUCUAUCUAUCUAUCUAUCUAUCUAUCUAUCUAUCUAUCUCAAGAUGA